AUGUCUCACGAGCAAAGCCGCCUGCGGGGUAGCGCUACUGUCCACAAGCGGGCGCUAACGAGCAACACAAGACAAAUCGCUUUAGCGAAAGGGCGACGGUCGAUCGGUAACCAGGGGGGAGUGAUCGAUCUGGAUUGGUAUCGGCCGUGGCUACGAGAACAGCGACGCAAACAUCCUGCGUUUCCCGACAACAGGAACGACAGGAAUGACAGAAACCCCACGCAUUUCGUCUUGGACGACGCCGACUUUGACACGCUCGAAUCGGCGAUAUUGAAGCACAUCCGUACCACUCGUGGCCUAAGCAUUGACGACGUUAUUGAGCACCUUGACUGGGACAGCCUGGAUCUGGACGCUUCGCAAUCUGGCCCAUCGACAUACUUCAAGCGGUCGCUCAUCUUCUCCAUUCUCGGGUGGCAAUCGAUGGUCUACCAGCCCGAGUUCAAGGUGUGCCCGGACAGCUCGCUCGCCAUCUACCGCGCUGAGCCCGACUCGCGGCUCGUCUAUGACACCUAUACUGUGCCCGUCGACCUGUGCGACCGGCCGUUAUACGUGCUGCUCAAGGGCUUUGGAAAUCUGCUACCGGCUCGGUCAAAAAGCAACAGCAACUCCGCCGCCGCUGUCGAGAGCAGCAAGGCGGUCGCGUCGUGGACGGCUCUGUAUCCAGACCAGAUGAACGCGUACCUGCUGCACUCGCUGUUGCGCUGCAAGUUCCGCUGGGUGGACACACUGGCGCUGCACCUGGACUACGACAAGUCGACGCGAACGCUAUCGCUCUUUUGCUUCCCCUCCAUGUGCGCGUCGCAGCUACAGUGUAAUCGCUGCGGUGCCAUAUUUGCCUUUGCUAGCACUGAGCUAGACGCGGCUGACCCGCGGGCUGACGAAAGCGACAUUGCCCACUUUCUUCAAGAGGUCUUGGCCUCGUUCAGGCUGCUAUUUGGCCAGUCGGCCAAGUCACGCCGACUCUUCCGCCUCGUGUACAACGAGAGCAUGGCGCCGUUUGCACAGCCCGACAGUUUACUCCUACGGCUGUGCAUGGAUAAAAGACAGGCCGGGACCACUGAGGGGGCCGCCGAGGCUGCCGCAUGUCUACCACAGGACCGCCGAGUCUACUAUGCGGCCCGCGACUUUCCCGUCCUGUACGAACGCGUGGAGCUGCUAGCCAACGAGCUGAAGAGCGCCAAGCCCACAACGUUACGUGACCUGGUGCGCGACCGCCGAGAUACGCUGCAGUUCUGGACCUUUUGGCUCGUGACCAUCUUUGGGGGCGCAAGCAUCGUGCUAAGCAUUGUGCAAGCCGCCCUGGCGGUCAUUCAGAUUCUCCAGGCUGCGGGAAAGAUCUGA